UCGGGGAGAUGCGGUGGGAGCCAGCAUCAUUGUUUCUGUUGCAUGGGCCGUAAUGCGGGUUUUCGGUCGUGGGGGUAAAGCUAGCUAGCCAGCUAGCUAGCUAGCUGGCUAGUUAGCUGGCUGGUUGGCUGGCUAGCGAGCGAGCGGCUAACUAGCCAGCUAGCUCGUGGCAGCCUGGUUGUUACAACCACACAGCCGCCUCGCAGCGCUCCGUUUUUUAUUCAGCUCGACCCGCCCGGACCUCGAGGCGACACGCGCCCGCGCCCGUCGAGGAGCGUGUGCGCUGGCCCGGCGCGCCGCCGAGCGCGAUCCGCCACUCGCCAUCGCGGCUAAAGUUAGCCAUCAAUAAAUAGAGCGCCAGCGCUGCUCGCGGCCAGACAGACAGAUUUGAUUUCACGAGCGUCAUCACAGCCUGGGAACCGGAGAACGAGCGAUGCACGCCGCGGAGCCGACGCGAACGCGAACGGGCUCUUUUCGAAUCUCCCCCGAUCCGCCUGCUGCUGUGCCUCUCUCCCGCCGUGUCGUGCUCGUUCUUUAUUUUUUUUAUUUUUGUUGUUGUUGUUGUUUCUGUUCGAGGCUACUUCAGCCCCGCAGCCUCGCCGUCAUGUGUGGAUGGCAUCAAGUCGAGGGCUGUGUUUCAGUGUUAGCUAGCCCCGUAGCAGCCGCCGGGUAACCGGCUAAACGUUGCGACAGAUUUUUUUGGUUUUUUGAACGGAUUCCAAUUUUUAGAAGUGUCUCGACUCCGAACAAACGCGACCGGUGUCAGACGCCGUGACGCCGAGUGUUGGCCCGCGAGUACCGGACCGGGCGACCGGGGCUGUGCGCGGCGCCUUUGACUGACUGUUGUGAUCGCGGACGCGGAGCCACCGUCGAUUGUCUCGUCGCGGCUAGCCGGCUAGCCGCGCUAACGAGUGUGCAUCACAAAAGCUCGUCCGCUCUCCGCGGAGUUCGACGGGUCUCGACCACACACACACACACACCCUCAGCCCCGCCGCCGAGUCGCGGGUCCGGCCUCGUUUGGACGCGCACUCGCUGCCUCGACUCGCCGACACCUUGUCGCCGGAUUUGAGCCGUUUGUCCGAGGCAAGUGUAGUGCACCGAUCGAUUGUCCCGGUAGUGGAGGAGAUGCCCCCGGGUUCUGCGCGCACACCGGGGCAGUGAGCCCGGGGCGGCGAGUGCUCGUCUGUUCCUGCAGCACGAAUCAAAAGACCUUCAACGAUAACAGCACUUUCUUUUCUUUUCUUUUUUUUAUUAUCAUUAUUUUGGCUACAGUCCAAGUCACAUGUGUGGUAAAUAGAACAAUACCAUACUCUGAUUCAAUAUUACAGAGGCAGCUGAGACACAAGAUGUACUGAGGCCUGUGUUGGAUGAGGUGGAGACAUUCACACUUGAAUGAAACCCUCAUAUAGAAUAGAUCGACAGUGUCAUUCAUCCUGAAUGUGUGUUUCUCUCAAGCUUUUUUAACUAUAGUGGUUAUUACUCUCACUGGUGUUGUUAUUAUGGUCAAUAGUUUUAGUGUGCCCUGCCGUAUUUCAGCAAAGUGAAAUAUUUCUUAUGAUUUAGAUGCUUCUCCUGACUGUUUCACGUGUGUAUGUAGUUUGCGUACGCUUGUGUGAGGUAAAAACCCCAAUGGAUCCAAUCGAGUGAGUCAUGGGUGACUAAGGAGAGAAUCAGAGAACAUUUGGGUGCCGACGGUUCACUGGAGGCAAUGUAGCAGUGACUCAACUCACUCGACUGGCUUAGAAGAGAUGACAUGCUAGAAUGCAGACAGCGUGUGGCAAUUACUAUUGAUUGUAUACUUGUUAAUGUGUGCAAUCAUUAAUACAUCACAUUAUCUUUUAAAAUGUCUUUCAGGAUAUUCUCCUCCUGCAUUCCGCUUUAGAUUCAUUGCCCUCCUUCUCCCCUGCACAAAGCAAAAGCACGAUCAUGAGUAUUAUCCAAGACAAAUUAGCCAAUGAGUUUCUGCGCAACGGUGGCAUGGACCCCAAUUUUGCACCAGGUAUGCUUAUGUUCAGCCACCUGCCACCCGUCACCAGCUUCACGCGGCUGUCCUCCCAGUCUGUUAUGGGCGAGCUUCCCCAGGAGAUGAUCCUGAAGAAAGAACGCGACUCGCCCCCAGAACACCAGGGCGCCACUGCUGUGAACACAGGGGGCUUCCUCCACAGCAUGGGCAUUAAGCAGGAGCGGCUAAGUGAGCUGGAUUACCGUAUGCCCCUCUAUGGCGGGGGCGGAGGAGUCGGGCUGAACUGUGCUGGAGGGGGCGCGGGGAAGAGUGGCACGGACAUGCCGGACAUGUCUUUCGGCAACCACCACCAAAAUCACCAGAACAUGCUCCUGCAUGACCUCAGCCUCAGCAACGUUCGCACCCUUGGAGAACCGAUACCUGUAAGACCGGGUAAAGAGCCAAAAGAGUCCUCGGGUAGAAGAGGGCGGAGGAGCAAUGGGGAUGGGCAGGGAGGCAAAGCACGAAGGAAACGCAACGAUGCUUCAAAGGCCAUGAUGUUGGAUGGAGAGGGAGCCUGCCUGUCCCCCAACUCAAAACCACAUAUCUGUGAGCACUGUAACGCUGCCUUCCGCAGUUCCUACCACUUGCGCAGACAUGUACUCAUACACACAGAUCGCACAGGUGAGAGGCCUUUCCGGUGCAGCCAGUGUAACAUGAGCUUCAUUCAGAAAUACCUGCUCCAGCGGCACGAGAAGAUCCACAGUGGAGAGAAACCUUUUAGCUGUGACCAGUGCAACAUGCGUUUUAUCCAGAAGUACCACAUGGAGCGGCACAAAAGGACGCACAGUGGCGAGAAGCCAUAUCGCUGCGAAACCUGCCAACAAUUUUUCUCUAGAACAGACCGGUUACUGAAGCACAAACGGACUUGUGGAGAAGCCAUUAAGAAGGGCCUGGACCCGAGCAUGCUGGAGCUCAGCGAAGCGGAGUUGGGCCAGGGCAGCUAUUCACUCACUCAGGGAAACUCUACCACCUCCGGACGCAAGAGGGCCAAGUCCAAAAACGGGGAGGGCGGUGAGCGCAAGAGGAAGAAGAAUGCCUCAGCAUCAGUGGCCGGAGCCUCAUCCUCUGGGGGGAUGGCCCGAGACCUGGGCUUACAGGACUUUGGCAUGGAGCACCCCUCGGGCUCUGGCCCCACCAUGCAGGGACGUACACCCAAACUGGUCUUUAAAAAAGCUGGUCGCAAGGGCCUCGACAAGGGUCUCCUCUCUCUGGAUGACAAUGGUGAUGGACAUAAACUGUUGGGCCAGAAGCCUGGCUCCAUGGAUCAUGUGGAGGGCUCUGGCCUCGACAACAUGGGUCUACUCCAGGGAACGGGGGGCAACAAGCAGGGGCCCACCACCAGCAGCAACUACGAUGAUGCAAUGCAGUUUGUGAAAAAGCGGCGCUACCUCCAUGCGGUUAACAAUGACUAUGGAGCCAGCUCACUGCACAUGGUAACCCAGGGCAAUAGUGUAAUCCAGGGUUCCCUGGGGCCAGAGCCCACGCUGGCCAUGCUGGACUCGUCGCCUUUGGAUCUCAAGCAUGACAAGUCGGGCAUUCCAGAUGAGGUACUGCAAAGCCUGCUAGACCAUUAUAGCCAUAAGCCAGAAGGGACACACCACCACGACGUGACUUUCGACCUGUCAGACCACCCACACCACGUUGACCUCCAACCAGCAGCCCCCGUCACCCCCGAGCUGGAGGAUGACAUGCCCAACGGUGGUGAUAAGACAGCAGUGAUGAGCGAGUACUCGAAAUUUCUCCUGCAGGCCCUUGAGCGCACCAGCCAUAGCGGACCCUUCCCCAGCCUUGGCCCGACGGGGCCUUUCCCACUCAUGUCCAGCAGCUCCAGUCCCACCGGGCCCCUGUUCUCUGACAAACACGUGUACAGCACAUCCCCACUGGAUUGUGUCUACCCGCCUGCUGUCUCCUCCCCACUUCCCAUCGCCGCCCCUACAUCAAACUCCUCCUCGACCUCCUCCAAGUCCCAUUAUGCCAUGCUUGUCGGCUCCCCCUCCCAGGCAGGCUACCACCUCAGCUUGGAACCCACCAGCCACCAGCAGCUGACGCCAUCUCAGGAGCUGACUGAACAGUUGGAGAAGCAGCACUCCCCCGGCACCUUCAACCUACCUCCCCAGGAGCUGACCGCCCCGGCAGAGGGAUCCAAGGGGCAGCAACCCAAGGCCAUAGGGAGUGCUGCACCCACUAACGGCUCCAGCUACCCAGACCUGUCCCCGCUGAACCCCCCUAAAGAAACCACGUACCAGAUUGAGAACUUCGCCCAGGCCUUUGGCUCCCAGUUCAAGUCAGGGCGGCGGACCCCUCUGAGCUAUGGCAGUGAUCCUGGGGCAGAGGUCGACCACCGAAUACGGACUCCAGUGUCAGAAUUCUCAGGGUAUACCAGUUUGUUAGCUGAAGUCAGUGAGCCAGUGAGUACAGGAUCAAAAACCCCGACAAGCCAAAGUUUCAGAUAAGGGUCAAACAAGGUGAAUCCUGUAGGGGGCGGUUCUGUUACUGUCCAUACGCUCCCUACACCCCAUCCCAAUUUUGUUCUUGUAGCAAAGUUUUGUUUUUUAAACACUGCCAUUAAAUGUUAAUACAAAAAUGACCAGGGAGGGUCUUCCAUGGCCUCAAAUGCAAUUUUUUAAGAUAUGCUCAUUUUUAUUAUGUAUUUAGUCGCUUAAUUUCUGUUUAAGAGUAGUGAUUAUGACAUGAACGUACCGUAGAUUUAAAUGUAAUUUAAAACAUUUAGAGGGUAGCUAUGAACUUGCUUGAUUUUUUUCCCCUUGUUCUUCUUUCCUGAACCCUUGUGUUUUACCAAUCAUCAAACCAUUCUUGUAAAGUAAUAAUGAAUAAUGUUGAUGCGUUCAAUAAUAAUAACAAUUGUGGCAGGGAAAGGCCCAGAAUUCAAAUGGCAAAAAAGUAUAUAUUGUCUGUUACAAGAAACAUUUUAACUCAGGAAAAAUAGGCAAAAUUGUGUAAUAAGACUUUGUAUUAUGAGAUGCAAUUAGCACAGUUUUUACAGGUGUACUUUGAGACUACAAAGCUUUGAUUUUUGUUUUUGUGUUGUUUAUUUUAUUUUUUUAAUACUCACCAGAACAACAAAUUACAAUACACGAUCAUGUUUGGUUUCUACUGCGCGUAGUAGCUUUGUCGAGAUUAUGGUACUGUUGUGUCAAUGUGAAGACAUCCGCGUUUCUUUUUCGAGAGCCACAUUUAAACACGAGGUAAAUACAAAUUGAUAUUUGAACAUAACUGACCGUCGCUGUACUGGCACACACCGUCGUCAGGAAGUGAAGUCUGUCUGACGACGCUUUUAGUUGUGUCCCAACCAGUGGCCAUUAGGCAAAACUACCCAUCACCGUCAUGGCUGCCUAAUAAUGCAAUGAACACCAAUCCAUGAUCUGUUAUCAUGCUGUUCCUGAAGUGAUUUCUUUUUUUCUUUUUUU